UGAGUUAACUGUCUAUUAUCUUUUCAUUCUUAAAGCUGCUAUUCAACCUGUGUAUGCGUGCUCGUUUUGUUCAUGAGUGUGCGUAGUGCGGGAUGCUUGAUUUCGUUCUAUCUACUCUUCGUCGAUCUCACCAACACACAACACGAUUCUAACGCAUGCUGUAGAAUUAUUUCUGUUUAGCACCAGCACCACGGCCCCAGCAGAGUGCGCCGACGUCGUAUUUGCGUCGUCAGCGCGGUGCAAACAGCAAGCAGAGUCAUAAAAUCGAUGAGAUUGAAUUAAACGCUUCGUGUGCCUAGGUAGGCUGUGUCAGUCUUGUGUUUAUUCGUUUCCCGUCGGUCAGCAGGUAGACGUGGAACAAACUCAGUUAUCCCGACGGGCCAGAACGUGCCAUUCGCAGCGUUUCUUGCCAUUGAACAUUGGUUACGCAAAUCCAAUGCAUCACUUUUAGUGGAGCGUAAUCUCUGUGAUACUUACAAGAAAAGGCAUCAGAGAGCCUUGAUUUUCAACAACGAAGACUACUGCUCUCACGUCGCCGAGGACUGUUUAUGCUUACAAAUAGUUCUGUGUUUGCAAUGAUUGUUUGCCAUUGCAAAAUAGUUAUCGGUGACAUACCUAUAUAAGAAUGAAGAAAAACAUGCAGUGACUGGUAGGCAUUGGUGACAACGAGACGAGUGUUAUAGGCAGUGCGGCAACAAAAUAUUACAUAAUAAAUGCGUUGUUACUAUGGUUAUCCUUUGUGAAUGCUUCAUCCACAGCUUGUGAACAUUUAGGUUCAAUCGUUCUUCCACCGUGGUUGCCAGUUAAGCUUGUGUCAUAUUUUAGUAAGAAACACGUAAAGAAAUCAUCAACACUGCAAUAAAAACAAAACCUCCAGAAUCGACGCUGGUUAAAUAUGUGUUCACAGGUAGUAUCAGCUCCAACCAUGGCGAAAGAACAAACUGCCGAUUUUGGCCAACGUUUCAACGAGCUGCGCAAAAAGAAACAUCUAGUCGAUUGUUCCUUCCGAGUGGGCGAAGACGUUUACCAUUGUCAUAAGCUUAUCCUUUCGGCGGCCAGCCCUGUUUUCGAAACUAUGUUCUACGGAGUGCUUGCCGAAAAGCAGACGGUUAAGAUAGCAGAUAUCAACUCUAAGGUGUUUGAACGUAUGCUAGACUACAUCUACGUAGGGUCUAUAGAUUUCGAUGGGAUUCAAAAUAUUGAAGAACUGCUAGAGCUGUACUACUGUGCGGAAAAGUAUAUGAUCGAUACGUUGCACGAGAAGUGUGUUAGCUACUUCGGAAAGAAUAUCAAACCGAACAACGUGCUGAAAAUACUCGACAUCGCGUACCGAAUGAACUUGGACGAUAUUAUAUACUCGUGCAUGUGCGUGUUGAAACAUUUUUUUUCGUCUGGAAUGAGCUUGAGCAACAUCAUCCUGGAGAGAAAUCAUCAUCUUUCCAAAAACUGUGUGGAUCUUAUCUUGGAGGAUAAUUUCGAAGUCAAGGACAAUAUCAUCUGUAUGAUACGCGCGUGGUGUAUUACGGAAUGCGAACAAAAUCGGUUGGAAAUCAACAGAGACAGCAUGAAAACGGUUCUGCAGGAUAUUGAAUUACCAGACACACUGAAGGACACGAUUGUUGGAUGUAGCUUUACCAACUUUACACCUAUCGCAGGAGACAAAUCGGGCUGGAUACCGGUACAACGCAUCCAUUACAAGGCCGUCCGUCCAUUGAUUAUUGGUGAUGAGAUGGACUUUGAGGCAAACAUAAGCACCAAUCGGUUUAUUGUGAUAAAAUCAUUAAACAUUAACAGCCGGCUUCUGCCGCAACUGAAGGUAACCGAUGUGCGGCAGGAAACGUACACAGAAAAACUGACGGUUGAAAUAUCCGCCAAGUACAGCAAUGAUCGACAGAAGAUCUAUCAAAAGGAGCACCUGAUCUGUGAUGUAGCAUUCAACGAUAGCCUGCAAGUGAGCUUGACCGAACCAAUCGUCUUCUUUCCGGAUGUCAUAUACAUUGUCCGACUGAAAUGGGACGCCAACAGUCUUGGAUACGAGUAUCCGCGUUCCAUCCUUUCUGCGUACGGCAAGUGUAAGCAGCUGAUGGUGAAUUUUAGUGAAAAUAUUUAUCUUCAAAGCUCCGGCAGCAUACUAAAUGGAAUAAUUUGCGAUCUUUACAAGUGAUUAAAUUGUCGCAAUGCAAACGGACGCCUCGACCGUGAAAGUACUGAACAAAAAUGACGAUAAAUAAAGUCCCAAAAAUGUUUGGAAUAAAAAUGUGCUUCCAGUCUUA